CAUCGACUUUAUAUUACAUUUAUUUGCCGCAGUUAGGAGCAUCAUUUACACCGCCAAUAAUCAAGGUAGGGCAUAACCGUAAACUCAUAUCACCGUUUUCCAGAAAAAGCGCAUUUUGAAAUUUUGUCAUAGUCAACGAUUCCUCUCUUGUCGACAAAGAAAACAUGUUCUAAACAACACAAUUUCCUUUUCCUUUUCUUUUUUUAGUUUCUCAAAACCCUAAUUUCAAUCAACACGACGUCGUUGUCACAGAAAGCUCAAAUGUACGGCGGCGGUGGAGGAGACGAUGCUCUGGCAGCUCGCCUGGGAAUAGUACCACAGUCACUUCUGAUUCCAACAUCGUCGUUGAUGUCACCGGCGGCGAUGAGAGAGGAGAGGGUACCAGCUCAGCCGCAGUGGAGUCAGCAGGAGACAAGAGAGUUCAUAGCGAUAAGGGCGGAGCUGGAGAGGGAUUUUACUGCUUCGAAGAGGAACAAGACGCUUUGGGAAGUGGUGAGUUCGAAGAUGAGGGAGAGAGGAUAUAGGAGGAGUCCUGAACAGUGUAAAUGCAAGUGGAAGAAUCUUGUUAAUCGCUAUAAGGGUAAAGAGACAUCUGAUCCAGAACAUGGCAAGCAAUGCCCAUUUUUUGAAGAAUUGCAUGCAGUUUUUACCGAAAGAGCACAUAGCAUGCAACGGUUACUUCUUGAAUCCGAAACUCGUUCAGCUCAAACAAAGAAAGGAGUGAAGAAAAUAAGAAGUGGAGACCGAUCCUCUGACGAAUUCUCGGAAGAUGAUGAGGAAGUUGAAGAUGACAGUGAAGAGGAGAGACCUGUGAGAAGCAAUACACGUAAAAGGAAAGCUGGCAAAAUUGCAACAGAGAAGUCUUCAAGGGCAAACAAUGCAAACAAUAGUACUGGUAAUAUUCAAGAAAUGCUCAAGGAAUUUUUCCAACACCAAUUAAAAGUGGAGAUGCAGUGGAGGGAGGUGAUGGAAAGGCGGGCACAUGAAAAACAGUUGUUUGAACAGGAAUGGCGGCAGUCGAUGGAAAAGCUUGAGAGGGAGAGAUUAAUGAUUGAACAGGAAUGGAGGGAGAGAGAAGAGCAUAGGAGACUGAGGGAAGAGAAUAGGGCAGAGAGAAGGGACGCUUUGUUGACGACCCUUUUAAACAAACUCAUUCAUGAAUCUAACUAAAUGAGUCAAAUGGCUUGGGUUCUUCACAGCUGAUUUAUUUGUUGUUUCAAUUUAAAUAUAUGAUUUUAAGUUUGACAAAGAGAAUGAACUAAAUUUUAUAGUAGCUUUUGAUUACAGAGAAUUUUGGAAAGGAGUAUUUGGUGAAUGAAGAAAGGAGAUAGGAAAGGAUUUGAAUACUAUAGGAGUACAUGAAUAUUUUCUUUUGAAAGUUGAUACAGGAAAAGCUUUUUGUAUUGAUUAUUUAGGGAUACACGUCUUGGGCAUCAACCAGGGAUAUAUUGGUUGUAAAACACAUUGUUUCUGUAUGAUUCUCUUUACAUACCUUACAUAUUACCUCUGCACUUUUUAUGUAUUG